AUGAAUAUCAUAUCAGAAGGAAUAAGUACUGUUUUAGGUAAAAUGAAUGAUAUUAAUCUUUCAAAUAAGUGGACAAUAUUAGCAACAACAUUAACAUCAGCAUAUAAUACUACUAUGACAAAUGGUGCAUAUAUUGUGGCAUUAGGUAAGAUUUGUACAGAAACAACAUGUUUUCUAAACAAUAAAUUAGAACAACUGGAAGAAAAAGCAAAAGAAUGUCAAAAUACAACUGAGUCAACUUCAAUAAAUACUAAUGAAAAUGAUUUGAAUAAACUUAUUGAACAAACAACUGAACAAUGGACUGAAUCAUUAGAAACUAAAAUCGACACUGAUAUUAGAACAAAAUUGGAUGAAUCAGUUUUAAAUAAAUGUACUAAUAAAUUAUUAAGAAAAAAUGGUAAAACUGCACAAAAAUACCAUCAACGUCAUAAAGAUAAUUUAUUAUGGAAAAAAUUUCAAGAAAAUAAAAAACAAUAUGAACAGCACAAGGAAAAUUUAAAUACCAAACGUAUUUUAAAUGAAAUAACAAAUAAAUAUAAUAAGAAAUUAUUAAUUAUAAUGACAAAAACAAAAGAUCCAAAUUUAGUUGCAAGUAUUAUUGAAGAAGGUAGACCAAUGGAUAUGAUUUGUAUUCAUGCGACGACAUAUAUUUCAGGAAGACCAAUUAAAAUAAAUAAUGUUGGCGGAACAACUAUUCCUCAUUUAAUUUGUCCAGAUAGUUGGAAUAAGAAUAAUAUUCAUGAUAAAGAUUGUAUUCUGAUUGAUUUUAUUCAUAGUGAUGGAAAAAAUACAUUUGGUCAUUUUCUUUCAUCAGAAAAAAUCGAUAAAAAUUCAAUGAAUAAUAAUGACAAUAAUUGUUUAAUACAUGCAAUUAUGGGAACAAAAGAUGAUAAUAUCAGUUGA